GUGACUGAAUCUGAGCAAAUUCAUAAUAAAGUCUGUGAGGAGAUACUUCGUGUGUUUUUCACUCGUUUUCACAGAUUGUGUCGUCUGAAGUGCUUUGAGGUCGUUUCAGCUCAGCAGUCGAGUGUUUGCUGUCAUUAGAGGAAUGCAAGCGAACAUUAAAGCUCGUCUGGAUUCAGAUGCUCGUCCUUUACGUCAGUUACGGUAGAAUCUCGUCACAAAGUUCCCCUCAGUUUCAUUUUAGCAACAAUCAUCAUGAGCAGUCCUGAAUGUGGACAAACGAGUCUCCCCGAAGAUCGGGCUGAUUUCUGAAACAAAACGAGGCUUUUAUAACCGAGAAGGACUAAAUCUAGAUUGUGGUCCGAAUUGUUUAUAGCCCAAUUCGGAUCGCGAGCGCUUCAUAAACAGACGACGAGCGCAGUUUAAAGUUAAGCGAUUAUGUGAGUGUCAUCAUGGCUCUGUCAGGUCUCACACUGGACGGACGUGGAUCCCAGCGGAUGGAGCGGGAGGUGAAGGAUGAGUUCACCUGUGCCGGUGUGCUGCGGGGGGCGCUGGUGGCGCUGCAGCCCGCCGUGGAGCGAGUCUUCGGGGUGAAGCUGAUGAUCGGAGCUGAAGAAACGCUGUCGGCGCAGAACGGACUGAUCUGGCUGCAGCUGUGCGGCUCUGAGAGAGAUGUGUACGCAGCAAAGAUGUUCGUGAAAGGUGUCGUCAAUCAGGAAGCUCAAAAAGAAAUCCAGUUUCCAGAAGUGCUUCAUUGUGUGUUCUGUGGUGCAAAAGGGCUGUUCAUGGACUGCCUGAUUAAAAACACCUCUGCGCAUAUAGUGGUGGGAUCCCAAGGCUUUCUUCUCAUAACCGGACUGGCAGAGCCUGUGGUGAAAGCCUACUCCUUUAUUACAGACUUGGUGGAGAAAUACAAGAGCAGCCAGGGACGGCGCAUUGAGGCUGGGCUUGGGAUAGCAGGAGAAUCCCUGGAGUCGCGUCGGGCCUUCAAGUGCCUGGUGGAGAAUCUGGAGGACCGCCACACCCUUGAUCUGCUGGUGUUACCGGUGAUGGUGAAAGAGGCUCUGCUGGAUUUGGUGAAGCAGUCUGGAUUGGACUCGCAUGCAAAACAGUACCAGGAAGGUCUGAUCCCAUUGGAAGGCAAUGGAUCAUGGGCGAUGCAGAGAAGUGCUGAUGAAAUUGUGCACAGAGCAUCAAAUCAUAAUUCAGAGAACUCACAUUCCCAGCAGCCGCAAUCUUCUUAUGACGGAGUUAAUGGCACGGAUGAUUUCAGCAAUGAAUCCCAUAAUCCGUUUUCCCGAGGUUUCACCCUCGACCCAACACACUUUGAAAUCCCAGAGUCUCCAGAACGAGAAACUGAAUCUGAGACGCCUGCCGCUCUAUCGUCCGCGGGAAGCACAGAGGAAUUCGAGCACCUCCUCAAGUUCUUCACCGCGAUGGGUUUCACUGAGGACGUGGUGCGCAACGUUCUGGCCCGAACCGGCCCCAAAGAAGCCUCGCAGAUCCUGGAUUUGAUCCAGCAGGAGCAUGAAAAAACUAACCAGCCAAACCCUCACGCCAAGAAUAAAGACAAUGCGGUGGGAAUCGAUGGCGAAACGCAUGAGGCUUUUCACAUACUAGAGGCCAGUAAUGGAGAAGAAGCGAACGCUCAAGAGGAAGACUUUGUCUUGGGGGUGUUGAAGAAGGCUGCGGCCACUUGUGGAUACACUGAGGACAGAGUAAUGGAAGUGUAUGGCAAUCUACCCGAGCUCAAGCCACAUGAGCUGAUCAUGCAGCUGCAGAAACAAGACGCCAAAGAGGCGAAUGGGACGAGAAAUGGUAGCAAGCGAGCUGAUUGGACGAUUGAGCCGAAUUCAGUGACAGAUAUUGAAAAACUCGACACUGGGAGCAGAAAGGGAGCGACAAAACUAGACGCGUCUAAACCGCUGAGCAUUCACAGCAGCUCUUCAUCAGUGAGAGGCCCGCCGCAGACUACGUACUCCUUUGACACCAUUAACCCUGAACCACAACCAAUGAAUUUGCAUGCCCAAUCGCCUCCACGGAGUAUCAAACCAAACAUGGAUCUCAGUUUCCCAAAUCUCUCCAACCACCCCAUCGCGCCCAAACCAAGACCGGGCAGAGCAGGUGCGGCGGCGGCGGCGGCGGCGGCGUCUGUGGUCACGGGACCUCAGCGGUUCCUCGAGAGCCUCAAGACACCCUUCAAACUGCAGCUGUCGGACGAGCCCGGUGACCCCAUGCUGCGUCAGGUCAUCAUCGAUGGGAGCAAUGUUGCAAUGAGUCACGGUCUGGGAGUGUUCUUUUCCUGUCGAGGCAUCGCUCUGGCCGUUCAGCACUUCUGGGGAAGAGGACAUCGUGAAAUCACAGUGUUCAUCCCUCAGUGGAGGCAGAAGAAUAACUCGAAGAAUAAAGAAAAGCACUACCUGACUGAACUCCAUGAUCUGGGCUUCAUCUCGUACACUCCCUCCAGAGAGGUCGAGGGGAAGAGAAUCAACUCAUAUGAUGACCGGUUCAUGCUGGCGCUGGCGCAGAAGACGAAUGGAGUGAUUGUGACAAACGACAACCUGAGAGAUCUGGUGGACGAAUCGCCCGCGUGGAGAGACAUCAUUAAGAAAAGUUUGCUACAGUACGUGUUUGCUGGAGAUCUCUUCAUGUUACCGGACGAUCCUUUGGGCCGCGGCGGGCCGCAUCUGAGAGACUUCCUACAUAAACACAACCGCAGCUCACCUGUUCCAGGAAGUCACACAUUUGCAGGAGCGUCCACGUCCUUUCCCUCGCCAUCUCCCGUGCCGCACGCUCACACUGAAGUGCUGCAGUACCGAGACUGGACACCAGGGGGCAGAGGUCAGGGGUCAGGCAGCGGUCAGGAGGUCAGGGAGAGGACGGCGGAGGAGACGCUGAAGCUGCAGCAGAGUUUAGUGCCCAUCUUCCCAGACCAGGAAAGCGUCAUUAUCAUGAUCCUUCAGUGUCACCCGACGAUCAGAGACAUCGACCGACUCACAGACCUCAUACUGGAACAGCAGGAAUGAACACGCAACUGAUUUUGACUUCAGACAUAUUGAAAAACUAGUUUUUUCUCCCUUUCUAAAACUAUUUGACUCCCAUCUAUCUUAUAAUGCAUUUUAAAUUUUGAACAUAAUUUAUAUUUUCAUUAAAUGUUUCUAAUGUGUUUGUA